CAAAUGUGCGUAGCCCUGACUUCUAUCGAGCACGGUCGUGACAAAAACUUAAUCUACUUAUUUCCGAUGGAACGUAGGGAUAAGAUGGUAUGAUGUCUGGACAGUUUUAUUUUGGACGGUGGUGCAUUGUCAUCAUAUACGCACCCAUCGUGGACAGUGCUGCUGCGGCGAUUCGUAGCGGUUCGAUAGGUAACACAAUGCAAUUCCAGGUUUGUUUGCUUCCUGAUUUUUCUGUUUCUGUAUUUUCUUUAUCCCGUCAAAUCCGUCCUAUAUUCGAGGCCAAUUAUCAAUUCAUCUAUCAUCUUCUCAUAACAUCCUUUCACGAUUAUGUCUUGGUGAAAAUUGGCCUUAUCCAGUUCUACGGCAUGUUCUUCAUAUCACAUAAUACGUUCCCCCUCCUCUAAUGUCCGCCCUUGCAAGGCCUUGAGGUUAGCGAGCACGCCCAGCAUAGAAAAAUCAGCAGUAUACACUCUAAUUGUUGUCAUCACCCAUUGUGACAUCGGACCAGGCUAUCAAAGUCAUUGCAUGAAUCUCCAGCAUUAGACAAGAUGUGCACAGACUUAAUUCUCUACGCAACUUGUCCCUCGUGCUGGAGGAUUUUGACC